CAUCAAAGCAAGCAAACGGUAAUCGAUUUUAUUUCUUUUGUUCCUUCCCGAUUUGUCAACCAACCAAAACGUCCAAGUUAGUCUUGCCAGACCCACCAGUGACUGGAGAAGAGCCCGGGCCUUACAGUGGAGGAACUCACUUUGUAUGACAAGAAGACAACGGGGAAUUCUUGAUCGUCAAUUUUCUCGGGCAGUUAACGAUCAACAACACCAUUUACCAACCACCACGUCCUUGCAGGAAAAGAAAAAGACACGAGCUCAUACUUGACAUUCAACCAGCCUAGAAAAGGAUAAAAACAUCACAAAUUCUGCCCAGCUGUCGCUGUAUCUCUACAUCAGUAUAGCAAUCUGUCUUUACUUUUUUGGUUAUAGCUUUUCCUCGGGUUCACAGCCGUCAUGGCUGGUGGCAACAACAAGAAAAAAAAGAAGCCCGCGGGAAACCAGAGAGGCUUUGCAACCACAUCCAUCGCCUCAAAGCCGCAGGUGAGGGUCAUCGACCCAGCCGAAGCCCAACCGUCAGCGGACGGCAGCAAGCCUGGAAGUGCCCCUCCAAAUGCCGCCCCACAGGCCGGCGGUAGCGCGGAUUCAAGCGCAGGCACGCAGGCGCCAAACGGUAGCGGCCCGCAGCAGCAGAAACAGGAAUUGACGCCCGAGGAGUUUGAAAAGCAGCUGGAAGAAUCCGAGCUGCAGCUCUUGGUUGAAAAGCAUGCCGCAAAGGUAAGGCGUGAUGCGCAGCGCCAACGCAACAGGCUCGAGACCGACAAGCGGCUUCUCAGGGGCCAGGCAGAAUCCCUCAAUACCAGAAAAUGGCUGCCCCCGGAGCUCAUGGAGCAGCUGCUCGAACUCAUCAAGGGAGAGAGCCGCUAUGCCGCUUCUGGGCUGGCUAGCGAAACUUCUUCGGGCAAGAUGCCAUCCGAAGAAGAUCUCACCAUCAAGCUUUGGACUCUCCAGGAGGCUCUAUCAGGUUCUGGGUUUCCUAAAGAUAAGGUGCCAGCACUUCUGCAGCACAUUCUUGACAUUGCUCCGAGUAUAUCGGCACCCAAAGGUGACUCGAUCUGGGGUCUUGAUGAGGCAUUGGCUUGGUUCGCACGUGAAUGUGACAAUGAUGAGCUUCCAAACUACGAAAAGUCGGCCAAGAUGAAUGGCAAGCCUUUAGAUACUCCAUUUGACACCCCAUUACCCUCUGGUGCAACCACUCCUCGUCUGCUGGAGCCAGAUACCAAGAAGAAGCGCAAGAAGGAUGGCAAAUCUCGAGCGACAUCUCCCCGGAAGGUCGCUGUCACAUGCGAUGAGGAGAUAGAGCCGGAUGAACUGGUUCCUCAGUACUUGGACACUAGGACUAAGUUGUAUGCGUUACAACGACCACUUCUAGAUGCCCCGAAAGGGAAGCAGAAGAAGUUGGUCGUGGAAAAUGGUCAGAGCUCUAGCGACGAACUAGAGAUUGCAAAACUGCAAGCCAAGAUCGCGAAAAUCGAGCUUGAUGUGCUUUUUGAAAAGGACGUGGCUACCGCUCAGUGGCGUGAGAAGAAGAUCAUCCUAGAAAGGGAGUACUCUGCAGCAAAGAAGAUCAAGGAUGAAGAGGCCAAGGCACAGGCUGCCUCUCAGGAGCCGGAACCUGCCGUUGCGCAAAGUGCAGAGGAUGAGAUUGCUCGAGAGGCCGAGAAGAUGGCAGCAGAGAUACUUGCUGAAAACGACAACGAAGAAGACGCUUUGGCAGGCUUGUUCGACAGCUUACCUACCAACGAGGUCGACCCUCUGACUGGAAAGUCCAGCACCGUCAUGACUGGUGCUGACGGGGUCAAGCUGACCAUUCACGAUUUUGGAAAAUGGACUGGCAUAAGUCCGUCGAGAGCACUGGACGAAAUUUGCCGCGGAAGGGAUCCCGGCGUCAAGAUUUCCUACACGGCUAUUCCAGCCACAGCUUUCGCCCACCAACAUCUAGUCCAUGUUCUUUGGAGCAAAGCCCAGGAGCCUUUCCAGUUACACGAUAUACCAGGGGUUGAAGUGGAGAUGCACCCCAAUCAAUUCGUUAUCAAGAUGAAAAGCAUUGCAACGCCGGACAGCAGGCAGUCGGAGGCGUACGUUGCUACCCUUGCAUUCUUCCUUGUCAGCGGCUCCUCUUCCAAAGACGAAAAGGCCGCGAUGAAGUUGCCGCCAGUUUGGCGAGACUUGUGGUCAGAACUUGCAGAGGCCAAGAAGAGCAAGGCCGACGCAGCAGACCGAGAGAUUUUGAAGGAACUGCGUGCUCUCGUCCGCAAGAAACAGGAUCAAGAGCUCGAAGACGGUGUCAUUAUUCAGGGAGCCUUUCGUGGGCGUGGUGCCAGAGCUGCUGCGACGGAUUCGGCAGAGAAUUCAGAUCACGACCGCAACAAGGCAGCAGCGGUUGGUCCAGAGUACUACCAGAGGAUCUGGUACGAUAAAAGCAGCUCACCAAGAUAUCAAAAUAUGCUGCGGUCACGAAUGCAACUUCCGAUGUGGGCGUUCCGCGAACAGGUGUUGUCCGCUGUUGACCAGCACCAAGUUGUCAUUGUCUGUGGUGAGACUGGUUGCGGCAAGAGUACUCAGGUCCCGUCUUUCCUUUUGGAACAUCAACUUGCUCAGGGGAAAGCGUGUAAAAUCUACUGCACGGAACCCCGACGAAUUUCAGCCAUCUCUUUGGCUCGCCGAGUGAGCGAGGAGCUUGGAGAGGGGCGGAACGAUCUCGGUACAUCGCGCUCCCUAGUCGGCUACUCGAUCCGCCUCGAGGCCAAUACUUCCCGCGAGACUCGGCUGGUAUUCGCCACAACAGGUAUCGUCAUGAGGAUGCUUGAGGGUUCUAACGAUUUGCGAGACAUUACCCACUUGGUUUUGGAUGAAGUCCAUGAACGUUCCAUCGACAGUGAUUUCCUGUUGAUUGUGCUGAAGAAGCUGAUGACACGGAGGAAGGAUCUCAAGGUCGUCCUCAUGUCGGCUACUGUUGAUGCUGAUCGUUUCUCGAAUUAUUUGGAUGGUGCUCCUGUUCUAAACGUGCCAGGCCGCACGUUCCCUGUACAGGUCAACUUCCUGGAAGAUGCAGUGGAGUUGACUGGGUAUACUAUCGACCAAAAAGUACCCCAAGAACGGCUCGUCGAAAUCGACGAAGAUGCCGAAGUUGAGCCAGAAUCAUCUUCCAAAACCGAGCUACUCAAAUCACUCAAAGGCUACUCAACAAGAACACGCAACACUCUGGCUCAGAUGGACGAAUACAAGAUCGAUUUUGAUCUCAUUGUUCAGCUCAUCUCGAGGAUUGCCAGUGAUCCAAACUACCAAGACUAUAGCAAAGCUAUUCUUGUAUUCCUGCCUGGUAUUGCUGAGAUCCGCACGCUCAACGAUCUUUUGCUAGGAGACCGCUCUUUCCAGCAGAAUUGGCUUGUCUAUCCGCUACACUCGACAAUCGCCACAGAGGAGCAAGAGGCCGCGUUCUUGGUGCCACCUCACGGUAUGCGCAAAAUCGUGCUCGCAACCAACAUUGCUGAGACGGGUAUCACCAUCCCGGAUGUUACGUGUGUCAUCGACACUGGUAAGCAUCGUGAGAUGCGCUUCGACGAGCGGCGACAAAUGUCUAGACUUAUCGACACAUUCAUCUCGCGAGCAAAUGCCAAACAACGAAGGGGUCGUGCUGGUCGUGUGCAGCAAGGUCUCUGUUUCCACAUGUUCACCAAGUAUCGACACGACGCCAUCAUGGCAGAUCAGCAGACGCCUGAAAUGCUGCGUCUCUCGCUACAGGAUCUGGCUAUCCGUGUCAAGAUUUGCAAGAUUGGAGGCAUCGAAGAGACUCUGAGCAAAGCUUUGGACCCCCCAUCGGCCAAGAACAUCAGGAGAGCCAUAGAUGCUCUCAUCGAUGUGCGAGCCUUGACUCAGGGCGAGGAUCUCACUCCUCUUGGUAACCAGCUUGCUCGUCUUCCCCUGGACGUCUUCCUCGGAAAGCUGAUCCUUCUUGGCUCCAUCUUCAAAUGUCUUGACAUGGCCAUCACUGUUGCGGCCAUACUUUCAUCCAAGUCCCCAUUUGUUGCUCCAUUCGGCCAGCGGUCACAGGCCGACACGGUACGUUUAGGUUUCCGACGUGGUGAUUCGGACAUCUUGACUGUCUACAAUGCGUACCUCUCAUGGAAGCGGGUCUGCCUCGCCGCCACCGGCAACAGCAGCCAGGAGUUCCAGUUCUGCCGGAAGAAUUUCCUUAGCCAGCAAACGCUGGCAAACAUUGAGGAUCUGAAGGGUCAGCUUCUGGUGUCCCUUGUGGAUUCCAAAUUCCUUUCCAUGACUGAAGACGAGCGAAAGAACCUCAGUCGACUGCGAUACGCCUCGGGCGGCAACCGCCGUCGCAAGCAGGUCUUCUUUGAAAUGCCGCAGAGGGUCGAUGUGAACAGCGAAAAUGACCUCGUGUCGCAGGCCGUACUCUCCUGGAGCUUUUACCCCAAGCUCCUUGUCCGCGACGUGGCCGGAGGGAAGGGCCUGCGGAACGUCGGAAACAAUCAAAACAUUAGUCUGCAUCGCUCCAGCGUCAACAGAGGACACAACGAGAUUAGGUGGAUGUCGUACUAUCACAUGAUGCAGUCGACGAAAUCGGCACUCAACGCACAUGAGACAACUGCCGUAGAACCCUUUGCCAUCGCCUUGCUUUGUGGAGACGUGCGGUGCGACAUGUACUCGGGAGUUUUUGUGAUGGACGGCAACCGAGCCCGUUUCGCGGCACCUGACUGGAAGACGGUCUUGGUGGUCAAGACGCUGCGUUCACGACUCCGCGAGCUGCUGACGCGCUCUUUCAAGAACCCCGGCAAGCUUCCGACGCCGCAGCACCAGCACUGGCUGGAGGCGUGGCAGCAGAUAUACGAGCAAGCUGCAGCCAAAGACGCCGCGAAGGCAGCUGCUGCAGCUGCUGCAGGUGGUUCGUGAGCAAAGAGAGUUAGGAUUGAUGCCGAGGGACUAUUGGCCAAACAAGCAUAGAUGUAUCGGUCAUUUGUAGUUCGUGGGUAAUACUUCCUGCGCCUGAUUGGGAGAGACCUGAGCUUUAUGCUUUGUCUUGUUGGUUUACAGGAUCAUAGAAAGCGAAUAUAGAAGGGCUAACAUGUCAAGUUGUUGUCAUAUUGUAACGUUUUAUUGUUGAACUGAUCAUUUGGGAAAAUUGCGGGGCACUGACUAUAGAUGAGAGUCCCCAGGAUCGAAUUUAACUGAAAUAAGUGUACAAGUAGGAUCCUAAUCAGCAAGGUGAUGGUAAAAUGUUUUGAGUGUAC